AUGGCCCAAGACCCCUACACCCCACCACCCCUCCCGAAAACCUUCACAAACACAACCCCACCACCGACGCUCCUCACGCAAGGCGCUGAAGCGCACCUGUACAAAACAAUCCACCUCAACACCAACACGCCCGCGGCGCUGAAAAUCCGGCCCUCGAAACCCUACCGCCACCCCAUUCUCGACCGCCGAUUGACCCGCCAGCGCAUCCUACAGGAAGCGCGGUGUCUGGUAAAGCUCGUUCGGGAGGGGGUCAAUGUCCCCGCUGUGCUAGCGCUGGACUGGGAGGGACAGGGUGGGGAGAAUGGGAAUGGAGGCGCGUGGUUGCUUAUGGAGUGGAUUGAGGGGUUGAUUGUGCGGGUUGUUGUUGAGCGGUGGGAGGCUUUUAUGAAGGCUUCUGAGGGGUUGUUGAGUGAGGAGGAGUUGCGGAGGGAGGAGGAGAAGGUUAGAGCGUUGAUGAGAGGGAUUGGGUGUGUUGUUGGGGGGCUGCAUAAGGCUGGGGUUAUUCAUGGGGAUUUGACAACGAGUAAUUUGAUCCUCAGGACGGGGGUGGUCGAUGCUGUGGCUGGGGAGAGUCCCGUCAUGCACGGCGAUGUGGUUCUGAUUGAUUUUGGGCUGGCUGGCCAGAGUUCCUCCGAGGAGGAUCGCGCGGUCGAUUUGUAUGUGCUUGAGAGGGCUUUUGGGAGCACGCAUCCUCGGGCUGAGAAGUUCUUUGAGGAGGUGCUCGAGGGGUAUAAGCAUAGUUAUAAGGGGGCCGCGGUUACGUUGAAGAAGUUGCAGGAUGUUAGAAUGAGAGGCCGCAAGAGGAGCAUGAUUGGGUGA